AUAAAGCUUGCUGUCCAUUCUGUUUCUUACAAACACAGUGAGCAGAAUGGAUGCUGUAAUAUCCCUCCUCAUUUUUUCAUUGUUGCCACAGCUCGUUGUGCCUGAGGUUCCUUCUAUCCCAUAUAGGGCCAUAGUCGAAAUAGUUUCUGGAAACCCCAGGAUCUUUAGUGGGGAACAUCUGCGCCUGAGAUGCAACAUUCCUGACAUUUACAAUAGCACCUGGAGUUACCUGUGGUUCAGGGGGACGGUGCAGCUUCCACAGUCUGGGCAGAUAUUACAACUGUGGAACGCACACAUUAAAGAGAGCGGCAAAUAUUCCUGCCAAGGACAGAAGGUGACACUAGUGGGAAAACUAAAAACACAAAUAAGUCUACCAGAGGAGAUCAACGUCGAUGGAGGGUUUGUCAUCCUGGAAACGCCGCGACACCCUGUCCUCGUUGGAGACGUCUUGGAUUUGAAGUGCCGCCUCCGGGCGAACCCUCCCGUCCAUCAGACGAUCUUGUACAAAGACGGCGUUCAAGUGAUGGUGCAGAGAGGGAGCGGUUUAAAUUUCCGCCUCACCGACGUGAGCCUGGAGGACGUAGGAAUGUACUCAUGCAGGGUCUCCUGGGAUAUUAGGAGGAGUACAGCCUCUGUGAUGUCAGUUCCCACUGCUGUAAAUAUUUUAGAGGUUCUAACUCAGCCGGUGUUGGAGAUUACAGAAGAAAACAUCCUACGCGACGCAAAGAAGAUGAACCUCAUCUGCCACGUCCAGUACAACGCCCCUGCCCCCGCCCCCGCCCCUCCGGUAAAUUACUAUUUCUACAAGAACAACAACCUACUGGGACCAGCAACCUCACAAGACCACCUCCUCAUCAGACGGGCUCCAGGGUGGUACAGCUGCAGAGCCAGGGUGCCGAAGCUGAAUAUCGCGAGGUGGAGCGAGCCCAAAAGCUACGGAGAUGUCCCAGAGCAACAGUUGAUGUCUCCAAAUCAUCAUCAUCAUCAUCAUCCGCAUCAUCAUCAUCAUCAUCAUCACACAACCCAGAUGGCACCUUCUCCCUCUACCUCACCCCUGCACCACUUCUUGGCUCCUGCAGGUCAACCAGCAACACCAAAGUACUUUGCUGCACCUCGGUCUUUUGAUCAGCACACAGAGGGCUCAGAGCAAUCCUCGAUGGACUCUGAGCUCCCGGUCUCAAGCAGUCCGCCACCUCCAGACCAGUUUCCAGACGAAACCCUAACCCCAGAACCUUGAGGUGUCCCACGAGUGUUAUUUUAGAAAGUCCUGUGACAUAUCUGGAGGUCCUUUACAUCUCAGCUCCUUUUGAUCAAUUGUCAUCAUACCUGACAGAGCAAUAAUCUGAGGCAUAGCUUUCUAACAAAUAUUAACACCAUUAUACUGUUCUUCAGAUUUACAGUUAUUCUUCUUAUCAUCCUCAUUGAGUCGUGUGAAACAGAAUAAAUACAGUUAAUAAGAACGCAUAUCAUUGUUUUAACCUAAUAAAGCUAUCUAUCAGCUGUGCUGAGUUUAUUUUCAAUUAA